ACAGGAAGAUGUGGAGACUGUCUCUGAUUCACAGUAAGGGCCGUAGUAACGGCUUAAUGAAGUUCAAGUUCACCUCGUUGAUGAAUGUAUGUAAAUACUAUUGAAUUUUUUUCAAAAUACAACUUUUAAACGGACUGGGUCUCCAAAACACGGAUCCUGCGAGGAAGUUUUCAUGACUUGGGAGAGUGAGACAUUCCUUUACAGAAAGAAGAAAUCUAUGCAGGAAAGAAAAUGAGAAGUUAAGACUGAGGGAUUAUUGACAGCCACAGAAAAAAAGAUUCAAGCCUUGAUCCCUGGUGAGGUUUGGAAUUAUGUCCUACAGCGACCAGACCCCACCCAGUCCCAGCAGAGCCAGCGGCAGUAACUCUGGGGCGCAGUAUGCUACUGCCGCGCUGGGCGUGGGCCUUAUAGCCCUGGGGAUCGUCAUGAUUGUGUGGAGCGUGGUGCCAUCAGGGUCAGCUGGGAAUAGCUCCAGACCAGGCAUGGAGACUAGUCAAGUCCGGGACACCUCGUCCGUGGCUUUCGUGCUGGUCGGAGGAGGUGUCGCCCUGCUGUUGCUUUCUCUGUGUCUGAGUAUACGGAACAAACAGCGAGCAACCAGGGGACAGGAAGCCAGCAACACACCCGCAAACACACAGGAGGGGGCUACGGCAGAGCAGUUAGCUCAGGGUUACAUGGUCCCCAGUUACGAGGAGGUGGUAGAAAGUGGUCAAUACCCCAUCAGUCAGUCCUCUGUGCAGAAUAACAGCAUCACUCAUCUGCCAGCCUAUGAGGAGCUAGUGAAAAAUCAACACACCAUGGAAGGUGGUUCGAACCAGGCACGCAGACACUCUUCCCAAACCGAUCCCAGUACUGGAGUGGAUGGCCGCAGAAAGAGCCGUCCUGGUAGCAAGCUGAUACCCCUCAAAAUUCGUCGCAUCAAGUCGGAGAAUAUGAGAAGGAAGAGCUUAAGCGAUACCCCGCAGAGCUAUGUGUUCACCAUCGAACCCCUCACACCACCACCACUGUAUGACGAUAAACCUCCUCCACUACCUCUGGACAUGCCACAGUAAGGAGAAGAGUGCCUACCUCCGUCAUGAAACACAAAUGCAGAAUUGCAGAUUCCUACUACAUGUUACUUCUCUCACUGUCUGAGGAUUAUGGUAGUACCGUAGUAGUGUGUGAAUGUAAUGGUUGUCUUUGGUUGGUCUAUAUCACAUUCCUAUAGAAAGGAGAGUCUUCAUGAUGUCUUCCUUUCUUUGCUGUACAUGUCUUGUUUAGCAAACUCAGUUGUCAGAUGACAGAGCAUACAAUGGAAAAAAAACUGUCAAACAGCAGCUAAAGAUGAUCCUACAAUUGGAUUGAAACUGAACUGGAUUUUUGACACAUUUACUGAACAACUGCUGGUAUUGUUAUAGGAAACUUUACAGCCCACAGACCUGCAAUGUUAUUGGUGAUAAACUUGAAAUUCAGCAUUUGAGCUGUCCAGAUCUUUCAUAUGGCAUCCAAAAGAAUUUUCAAAGAGAUGUGAAACUGUAAACUUUGAGUCACAUUAGCACUGUUGCUUUUUUUGCACUAGAGUGUGUGUGUGUAUGUGUGUGUGUGCGUGUUCAUUCUGGGGCUGUCGGGUGCAAGUGCAUAUGAUGUUUUUGUAUUUCCAUUAAUUCAGUUGUAGUUUGUGUGUUUGCCAUAAAGGGUUAGUUCACUAAAAAAAUUAAUGAAUGAAUCAUCUAAAAUGGAUGACUUUUUUCUGUGCAAAAACAAGUGCUGACGCCAUUCAAUGAAAGUGAAUGGUCCCUGUGGCUGUCAGUACCUUACAUUCUAUCAAACAUCUCUGAUUGUGUUCCACAGAAGGAAGUCAAAGUGAAGUGAAAAGUGGAAAGUUGAGUGAAUGAUGUUGAAACAUUCUUUUUUGGGUGAAAAAUACCUUUAAUGUGCUGAGUUUGUGUGUGUACGACUGCUCUUAAUAUUGGCCUUGUUGCUAGACUGUCAGACUGUGAGGUCAUCAUAUAUCUGUCCAUGGCUUACGACAUAGAGAGGCUCUUUGACCCUGCAGCUGCCUGUUAUAUCACUCUCUCACAAACACACAUACACAGACACAGAAUUUCUUGUCUACCUAUUUGCACAAACACUCGAUCUUUUCAUCCCUUUAUUUUUUGUUGAGUAGAUUUGUGUGAGAAGAACUGUGUUUCUCACAGGGCUGCUGUGGCAUCUCCCUCCAGUGAGUUUAAGCUCCUUGUCAUCUCUCUUCACUUACAUUAGCUGCUUUAAACACUCCAGAAUUUUCACAUCAUCAUUCAGACUUAUCUAUAGUUGGUUAUUACUCAAAACAGUGUUUCCUUUUUUGGAUUUUUUUUUUUUGUUUUUUUUUUUUUUUUGCGCUGAUGAAAAUGCAGUUUAAUAGAGAAGUAUGGAUGGACAAAUGUUGCUGAAUCUCACUGUGAAAUUUAAUGAUCUGUCUAAUGUUUUUGUGUUGAUUUAUUCUACUUUGCAAUACAUUAUAUUUUGUAUUGUAAUCUAUUAUGGUAUAAGAAAUAAAAAAGGUUUGGUAUUUACAUCUAUUUUAUCUAAAAUAUAUAUAUAUAAAAUUGCCAUCACACUGAAAAAUAAUGUGUGUGUGUGUGUGUGUGGGAAAGUUAAUUCCAUCCUUCAAAGAAUUUCAUAAUGUUAAUACGAAUAAUUGUAAUAAUAAAAUGACUG